GCCUCCCGGGGAAGAGGCAAAGGCGCGACGCUUCCGGGAGGCCGGCGGCCGCGGGCACCUCUUAGGGAGUUUCAGGCGUCAACCCGGAGGCCCCACUCGCCGCGGGGUUUCAUCAUCUGUCCCUUUGGUGACCCUGGGAGUUCCAUCAUGGACCUCUUCUCCACACAUUCUGCCCUGCUGGUUGCACCCUCUCCCAAGGCCUGAAGAACUCACUAUAUGCUGAUGACCAUCACAUCUCUGCAGCCCAGACUUCUCUCUGAGGCUUACACUCCUCUGCCCCCCACCCUGCCCUUUCUCUCGUUUUGGGGUCUCUGUACAUGCUAUUCGGUCUGCUUGGAAAGUUCCCUCCCCAGCCAUCCCAGCUCAUCUGUCUGCAAGCCCUCCCUGCUGACGCAGCAAGGAUCUGCCUCUAGCCCAGAUGCCCGUGCAGCCUCCAGGCAAAGACACAGAAGAGAUGGAAGCAGAGGGUGAUUCAGCCGCCGAGAUGAACGGGGAGGAGGAAGAGAGCGAGGAGGAACGGAGCGGCAGCCAGACUGAGUCAGAGGAGGAGAGCUCAGAGAUGGACGAUGAGGACUACGAGCGGCGUCGCGGCGAGUGCGUCAACGAGAUGCUGGACCUGGAGAAGCAGUUCUCAGAGCUAAAGGAGAAGUUGUUCAGGGAACGGCUGAGUCAGCUGAGGGUGCGGCUGGAGGAAGUGGGGGCUGAGAGAGCGCCUGAAUACACAGAGCCUCUGGGGGGGCUGCAGCGGAGCCUCAAGAUCCGCAUUCAGGUGGCAGGGAUCUACAAGGGCUUCUGCCUGGACGUGAUCCGGAAUAAGUACGAGUGUGAGCUGCAGGGAGCCAAGCAGCACCUGGAGAGUGAGAAGCUGCUGCUCUACGACACCCUGCAGGGGGAGCUGCAGGAGCGGAUCCAGAGGCUGGAAGAGGACCGCCAGAGCCUGGACAUCAGCUCUGAGUGGUGGGAUGACAGACUCCAUGCCGGAAGCAGUGCAAAGACUUGGGAUUCUCUGCCGCCCAGCAAGAGGAAGAAGGCGCCUCUCGUUUCUGGUCCUUACAUCGUGUACAUGCUGCAGGAGAUUGACAUCCUGGAGGACUGGACGGCUAUCAAAAAGGCUAGGGCGGCUGUGUCCCCUCAGAAGAGAAAAGCAGAUGGUCAGCCUCCUCUGUGCCCUCCCAGACAAAGAAGAUGUGGCUCAUCUUAAGCCAAAGCAACAUCCUCUCUGCUGACCUCGGACCAGUCACUGAGCCAGUGAUCGGGGCCCCACUUCGUGGGAUCUCUGACCCGGGAGUUAUAUUUUGGGGGCCUGUCUCUCCUGGCUGUCGCUAGAGACGAGAAGGCUCCCCGAGUCUUCUCAAGGAGGUUCUUGGUAUCUGUCUCCCGGAUUUCAGGGACUGGAAUUAAAACCUUUCCUGGGACUCUGCCAUGA